AUGCUUAACUUUUCAGAUUAUUGUAGUGGUAAUAUUAAUAUGUCAAGCACUAUUCCACUCAUAACUACAUCAGAAUUUUCCUGUUCUGCUUGUCAAAAAAUAUUCAAGAAGCAAAGCGGACUUUCAUGGCAUUUGACUAUUGUGAAAAAAUAUAACAUUCUGCGAAAUAAUUUAGAUAAUUUGUCAGAAACAAAUAAUAAGAAUUUUAAAAAUAUCCUGGUUUAUUUAAUUCAUUGCAAACUUCCAAAUGGGUUUAAAAAGGGAGGUCGCCAAUUAAGUCGAAGAUUUUAUGAUAAAGAACAACAAAUCUACGUUGUCUUGUUUGAUGAUCUGCCUCAACAUUUAAAAAAUAAUCCAUUAGCUAUUGCGGCUAAUUAUGCUGAAGGUAUAACCACUAAAAGGCACAAAUCAAAAUAUAAUCCUAGAAAAAUUACUAUUGAAUGGAAGAUAGGAUGCAAAAGAAAAUUAUUGUGA